AUGUACAUCGCUGCAAAGACAUCCGAGCCUUACGCCUUACCAACCGCCGCUUCUACUAUUUACUCAUCAAACAUCGCCGAGUGCAAUCCAGCGUUCAAGAAUGCCACAAGACCCUUCUUGGCUAUGCAGCAGCGACAGGGGGUUUUGAACGCUGCAGAUCUUCUGGAUAAUCUGGCCAGGACCCAGACAACAGACUCCAACGACGACAAGAUCGACUCAGACUUCUAUUACCAUCCAUUAUUCAAAAAGGGCUAUACACCGGAGGCAAUUCUCGAGAUCCAAAAGGCCUUUUUAGAGCCAUCGAAGCAAACUCCAAGCAACUCAUCGUUCUCCUCCUCGAUCGAGGCGCAAAGGCAGACUUCGAGUUCCCGCGGUGGGUACGUGAAAUCCGGCGACAACAAGAUCUUCGAUCUGCUACUGGAAAUGGGAGCCCGAUGA